AUACCCAAUUUUCGUGUAUUGCUGGUCGGCAAGCGCAGCAGGUACCUGCUUCCUUUGGUGCUUUGCUUGUAAACGAAGAUUGAACUCAAAAGUGCGAAGAAAAAACGCGUGCAGUGUGUGUGCAGUGCAGCGAGGUGAAAAAGACGAUAAAACCCCGUCAAAAUGUCGGGGACAAUACUGGAGAAUCUUAGUGGCAAAAAGCUAAGCAUUUUGGUGGCAUCUCUGCUGUUCUUGCAGUUCCUCUGUUUCCUGCUGGGUGGUCUCAUCGCACCGGUACCGGCAAGUGUGCAGACGAUUCUGGCCACAAUCUGUAAAGAUGUGCCCGGAUCACACAACGACACCUCGAUAUGGUUGUACUCGCGGGGUGACGAUCGCUGCCAAAGCUUGGACCAUUUCGACAUCGAAAGUGACGACAUGAAGAUGGCCAACCAGAUCGUGUUCGUCUUCCAGAUGCCGCUGCCACGGGAGGGCCGCCAGCUCGACUACUCCCGCUGGCAGCAGAAUUUGAUCGGCGUGCUGCAGACGGACAUUGCGUUCGACGCGAACGUGCUGCACAAACCGCACACCAAGAUGACGAUCGACGCGCGGCUGGCGUACCGGAACAAGGGCGACGCCGAUCAGGAUUGGAAGUAUCUGGCAUCCUCGCUGGAGGAACGCGACCUCGACUGUUCGGCCAACAACGUGACGGACGACUACCUGUACAACUGCAACACCAUACCGCUGUUCGAGCUCGGUUCGCUGCACCACGAUUACUAUCUGCUCAACGUGCGCCUGCCGGUCGAUAGCGAGCGGCGGAUGAAUCUGGACAUUGGCCACAUCAAAGAUUUGCACCUUUCGGUGAUCUACCAGAACGGCGGCUUCACCAAGGUUUGGGUAUCGCUCAAGACGGUGUUCCUGCCCUUCAUUGUGCUGAUCAUGGCGUGGUUCUGGCAGCGGGUCCAUCUGCUGCAGCGCAAACCGGCACUGCUGGAAGAGAUGCUGCUUGCACUGGGCUGUGCGCUGACGUUUCUGAACAUGCCGUUUGAAUAUUUCACGCUGUUCUUCGACAUGCCGUUCAUGCUACUGCUGAGCGAUAUACGCCAGGGCGUGUUCUACGCAACGCUCCUAUCCUUUUGGCUCAUUUUUGCUGGCGAACAUAUGCUGAUUCAAGAGACGGGCGAAAAAUCAAGCCUUAAAACGUACUGGAAGCAUCUGAGUGCGGUUGCCGUUGGAUGUGUAUCCCUGUUCUUGUUCGAUAUGUGCGAAAGGGGCGUGCAGCUGCGCAAUCCCUUCUAUUCGAUCUGGGUGUCGAAAGUGGGAGCAAACGUUGCGCUUGGAUUCAUCAUCCUGGCCGGCAUAUCAGCGGGAUUGUACUUUUUCUUCCUGUGCUACAUGAUCUGGAAAGUGUUUUGCAACAUCAACAUUAAGCGCACCUCGCUGCCGUCGAUGUCGUCCGCCAGACGGCUACACUACGAAGGCAUCAUCUAUCGCUUCCAGUUUCUAAUGCUGGCCACGCUGCUGUGUGCGGCAAUGACCGUGAUUGGCUUCAUCAUUGGGCAGGUAUCGGAAGGCCGCUGGAAGUGGGACGAUAACAUCGAUCUGGAGUUUACUUCCGCCUUCUUUACCGGCGUGUACGGCAUGUGGAACAUUUACAUCUUUGCGCUGAUCGUGCUGUACGCUCCCAGCCAUAAGAAGUGGCCCACCAACGAAACCACUGAAAACAUUAUGAGCGAGGAAAUAGAGUUCAGCAAUCUGCCGUCCGAUUCGAACCCGAGCGAAAUUUCGUCCCUCACACAGUUCGCUCGAAAGGCGGCCCAGGAUUAAGUGCGAUCCCGUUGGAAGACUGGGCUGGGCUUGCGCCCGUCGAAAGUAAGUGUAAACUGCUCCCCCAAACAAGGGGCUCUCCGCAUUUAUAUGCUACACACUACUUUUGAAUGAUCAAUUUUAAGAUUUUAUACUACCGAUUACGAUUACGAAUGCUCCAGCUUGUCAACCGUGCAGUAUAACUAACAUUAUCCUAAAUAGUGUAGCGGUUCCGUUCAAAUGUCACAGUAUUAAUAGCAUCACAGUUUUGUGUCAAAAUAGGUACUAAGUAAGGGAAGACGACUGCUGCCACCAACAUACAUUGUCGGGCAUUUUCCAUCACGUAUAGCCACUAGACUAUAUACAUAGUUCGAUUUACCUUUUUUCUCUCUCUCUUAUUGAAUGUCUCGAUGUGUGUAGUACAACUCUUGGUACUGAAUAAACCUUGGACAAUUUUUGUGUA